CUUGAUUGACAGAUCAUAAAAGCAGACAUGGACCGUAUCUUGUCGUGCAAGGUGUUGUAAAUUUCGCUUAAGAAACAAACGGUCCCCAGAAAAGAAUUGGCUUCAAAUAGGAAUAGCGGUUCAGUAGAUCCGCAAAGAAAACGAUGGAUUCCGCAGGUGCAGUACCCGAAUUCAGUGUCGAUGAGCUGGUGUUGAUCGUAUCCAGAGUUACCGAAUGGCCCAAUGAUCAGAUCGAAGUUCAAGAUCACAGUGUGGAGCCAUUCAGUUCAACCGUGGAUGGAUUUCUGGCGGAGCAUUACGCACUGCGCGUUAGCGUACGUUGGCAGGGCUUUUCACCGGACCAAUCCGAUCGCAAACUGUCGUUCUUCGUGAAGGCACUUCCUCGGCAGAAUCCCUGCUUGGUGGAAUACUUGGAGAGCAUCGGGACGUUCCGGAAGGAAAUAACGUUGUUCGAAGAGGUUCUUCCGCGCAUCCACGAGGCGGUAGGCGGAAAGAACUUCGCACCUAGGAUGGUCUUUGCCAAAGCGAAUCGACUGAUCGUUCUGGAAAAUUUGAAGACCAAAGGCUAUGACAUCGUUGCGGCUAAUAAUGGUCUUCUGGAUGGUUUUCAGCUACGGAAGGCGAUGGAUGCGUUGGUAAGGCUGCACGCUGGAUCGUUGAUCAUUGAAAAAAUAGAAGGAAAAACAUUACUCGAAUUGUAUCCUGGCGUGCUGGAGGAAAAUGCCUGGGUCGAAUGUGAGAGUAGCGUCCGGAGAAAAGACGUCGAAAAUGUCAUUAAUUUCUGGUGCGAAAUUGUGAAACUUUCGGAGAAAAAUCCCAAGCGACUGGCCAUCAUUCUGAAAGACCUUCCACGGGUGAUACGGAAAAUUUUUGAAUUUGUCAAACCUUCUUCGCAGUUCCGGAACGUGCUUUCCCAUGGAGAUUUGUGGAAGAACAACCUUAUGUACAGAUCCUUGGCCGGUAUUCCAGAAGAUUGCGUCCUCGUUGAUUUCCAAAUGGCAAGAUACGUUCCACCUGCGUAUGACCUUAACUUAGUCAUCUACCUUUCGACGUCUCGGAUCUUUAGGAAGCAGCACUAUGAUGCAUUGGUGAUGGAUUACCAUACACAUCUUCAGAAGCUGUUGGCUACUCACGAGAUUGGCCUCGAUUCAGAACUCUUUCGAGAGUCAUGCAAGCUUUAUAAAUCAGCUGGCCUAAUUCACACCUGCCUAAUAAGUCCAGAAGUGUUACUUCCACAGAGUUACCUUCAGAAGGUGAUGUCCGAAUCUGAUUCCAGUUGUGGCUUCAUGCCCAAUUCGAAGGUCACCAUAUGUUUGAAGGCAUUCCAAGCAGAUCCUCCGUACCGAAGUCGCCUGUUGGAUAUGCUGGACGAGCUCAUCGAUACUGAAAUUCUACCGCAAUAAAUUAGUACCUAUGAAAUUGUUA